AUGGCCGACAUCGAGGAACGUCUGCGAGGCCAUUCCGAGGCUUUCGCUGGCCUCAUGGAGCUGAUUCCCGCAAAAUUGUACUAUGGCGAGGAGAACAGUGACCAGUGGAAGCGCAAAAAGCAGACCAAAGCGGAAGCUAGGGAAGCCAAACGAGCCAAGUUGGAUCCGGACUCUGCCAAAACCGCCAAAGACGUGAUGGACGAGAACGCGCGGAAACGCAAGCGUGAGGAGGAGGGCCAAUCCGAGCCCGGCUCAUCCGAUGACGAAGAAGUAACCGGCACCGAAAAGCCCAAAGAAGGGCUCAAGCGAGGCGAACUGAAGUCGAAGAAACAGAAGCAAGCCGAAGGCACAGAACAAAAACCCGAGGACGCCGAAGCCCUCAAACAGAAAGAAGAGAAGCAGGCGCAGAAGACCGCCGAAAAGAAAGAGAAGCGCAAGGCCAAAGAUGCUGCCAAGAAGGCCAAACUUGAACAGCAGAGCAAGGGCAAGACUGAGACCACGCAACAAAAGUCCGAACCCAAGUCCAAGAACGACAAGCCCACCCAGAAGGAGCAACCGUCCAAGGAGGCUGAGGAUGAUGAUGAGGUCGAUGGAGAAGAAGCUGCUGCCGAGGGCCUCUCCCUGGAGUUCAAUCCCGACCAGACGUCGUCGGCCUCUUCGGCCCCCAACUCUCCCAACUUUGAUGCCUCCAAUUCCCACUCCGGCAGCUCCUCGAUAUCAUCCAUUGUUCCACCGACCGCUCCCAGUGACGCUUCCAAGACCUCAUCUACCGAUGCUAAACCUCUCAAACCCACGCCGGAGGAGCUGAAGCAGCGUCUUCAGAAACGUCUCGAUGAACUUCGUGCUGCGCGUCAUGCCGAUGGCCUGAACGGCCAGCCGGCACGGAACCGCCAGGAGCUCAUCGAAGCCCGACGACAAAAGGCCGAACAGCGCAAAGCCCACAAGAAACUGCUCCGACAGAAGGCCAAGGAAGAGGAACAAAGACAGCGGGACGAGGCGAUCGCCCGGCGGUUCUCACCGGGCGGCUCGGGAUCCCUGCUCGCGUCGCCGCGCUCUCCGGCCGAAUCGGUCUCCUCCAACAACAACUUCGCCUUUGGCCGGGUCGUCUUCGCGGACGGUCAGCACGCGGACCCCAGCCUCAGCAAUGUGCGCGAUCAGCCCAAGCACCACGGUCCGCGUGACCCGGCCGCCGCCCUCAAGGCCGCCGAGGCCAAGAAGGCGCGCCUGGCCAGCCUGGACGAGGAGAAGCGCGCCGAGCUGGAGGAGAAGGACAUGUGGCUGAACGCUAAGAAGCGUGCUCAUGGCGAGCGCGUGCGGGACGACACCUCGCUGCUGAAGAAGGCCCUGAAGCGCAAGGAGUCGGCCAAGAAGAAGUCGGAGCGCGAGUGGAAGGAGCGGCUAGAGGCCGUGAAGAAGGGCAAAGACAUGAAACAACAGAAGCGUGAAGAGAACCUCCGGAAACGGCGGGAAGACAAGGGCAACAAAGGCAAGAAACCGGCCGCCGGUGGGAAGAAGAAGGCGAGACCUGGCUUUGAGGGCAGCUUCAAGGCCAAGGUCGGCGGCAAGAAGAAAUAA